GUCCAAUUUCCACGUACAAAAAAAUAAAAUGGAUUUGUAUCCGUUGUUUGAAAGUUCAACUUUGCCCAACUCCCCUUAUUUUUCGCAUCAAUCGCAGGCCAUAUACCACAAGGCAUCCUCGCGUUCAUCAACCAUACCUUGAUCCUCCUUGCAUCCUUCUUUCAUUCGAGAUCCCACGGCCUAAAAACUCCACUCUUCCUAUGGAUCUGAUCGAAGCAACGCUCAACAAGAAACGCUCAGCCCUCGAGGCCGCAACUGGAGGCACCAAAAAGAAAUACAUCCGUCGAGGCGAUCUCGAAAAGCAGCGGGAACAGCAAUACCUUGAAGAACAGGAGCGGGAACGGAAGGAGAAGGAGGAAAGGGAAAGAAAGCUUGUCGAGGAGAGGGAAACAAAGCGCAAGGCCGAUCUCACUGCCAAAUCUUCCUCUUCCACAUCCGCAUCCCCGCCUCCAUCCGCGGACUCCACCUCAUCAACCUCAACAACAACCACUCUCGAUGCAGCAGCAGCUGCUGCUGCUGCGACUGCCGAGGCAGCAGCAUCGGCCGCGACCUUCAACAUCCCGCCCGAAGAAGUCGUUCGUCGUCUACGAGCCCGUGGACAACCCAUCCGUCUGUUUGCCGAAACGGACCAACAGCGGAAAAUCCGUCUCCGUGCACUGGAAUUGGUUGAGGAUCGGUCCGAGGGUCAGAGAAACGAUUUCAUGAGGGCGCUCGAGAACGCAGAGACUGGAUUGCAUAUGGAGGCGCUUGGAAAGGAUGCGAAGGAUAAGAAACCAAAAGUCGAUCCUACUAAGGACCUGGACAUGAGUGAGAUUUCAACGGAAUUGCUACAAAAGGACCAGGACAAGUUAUAUGUCCUGAUCUACACUUACUUCAAGCGCUUACUUCGAGAAUGGGAGCGCGACCUCGACCAGCGCCCGGAUGAGGUCAAGCGAAGCACAGCAGGAAAGCUCGCCACUGCGACACAGGCCCAGAGUGCAGAUUAUCUUAAACCGUUCUUCCGAUUGCUACGACAAAAAUCGCUCGAACCCGAUGUCUUAGCGCGUAUUACAGAGAUUGCAGAGCUCAUGAUCAAGCGUGAAUAUAUGGCCGCCAGCGAUGCCUAUUUGAAGCUGUCCAUCGGAAACGCACCCUGGCCCAUCGGCGUCACCAUGGUUGGUAUUCACGAACGUUCAGGACGUGAAAAAAUUUUCUCGGCCCAGGUCGCACAUGUGCUGAACGACGAGACUUCUCGAAAGUGGAUCCAGAGCAUCAAGCGUAUCAUGACCUUUACCGAGAAAAAGUAUCCGCGUUAGUAGCCUUCUCCUUGUCAACGCUGUUUCUUCAACUGUUUUUCUCAGCAGGAUCACAUUAAUUAUAAACUAUUUGGCAAAAAAAUAAAAAUAAAAAAACGUGUC